AUGUCAGAUCCUAAGCGGAACCAACUUUUGGACGAGAUCAACAGUCUUGUCAACCAGGCAGAAAACAUGGAUGAGCUCCAAAGGCUGCAUGAGGUCAUCAGCAUGCAACAAGAAGCAUCAUCCAUCCAGCCUUCAACUGUAAAGUGGAUUAAGAGGGACAGUGAAGGGAACAUUGUUUAUGGGAGGCCAAGAUUCUCCAGAAAGCAAGCAGCUGGUCUUAGCCACAGACAAACUGGAAAGACUGAUGUUUCCCUUUCCAGUGCUCCGGAAACCAGUGUGGAAAUGACUGAUGACUUUUCUCACAUAAACGCUGAGAAUUUCCUACAAGUGCUACAGCGCUCACUGGGUGAAGGUUUUGAUGACCAAGAAAAACCACUGCAAGCCUCCAGUGAUUGGUCAGUAAGAAAAAGUCUUGUCUCAGGGUGGUGGGAGAAAGUGAGACCCCGGUUGGUGGAUAAAAUGGUGGCUAAGCAGCAUGUGGCAAGUCCAGUCUGCCAGAAAUGUUACCUCAGUCCAGCCAUGAUCCACUGUUGUGAGUGUCGACCACACCCCUUCCUCUGUGCCCGUUGUGACAUCAGCAUCCACAAGGCUCAAGUCUUCCACAACAGGGACUCAAUUACAGAUGGUUUCUUUCAGCCAUUGCCUCCGACAUCCUGUUAUGUGGAGAAGGUUCUUAGCCAGUGUGGUAAGUGGUAGUUUUUGAGGGUCACAUUUUCUCAUUUGUUUAUUCCAGUUAUCACCUGGCAAACUUAAACAAUAAAUAAAUAAUUUCUGAUCAGGCAAUGAAGCCAUGA